CGCGUUCGACACCAAAGAUACCGCUUGGAAUGGACAAGGCCACCGAGGGCCGUGGGGUCGAGACUCUGCACGAUGAGCCGUCGACGGACGCCGCGUCGGUCGGAAGCCUUCUUGUGAGUCUGACCAAGGAGCUCUCGACGCUCCGACUUCAGUAUGGCGACUUGGAGGCUCGGAAUCGCCACCUCUUUACCGAAAUGCACGCACUGCAACAUGAGAAACUUGAGCUUCGCACGCACGCCGCAUCCGAGGAGCAGCGUCUCCAUCAAGAAAUCAACGAUCUUCGUAAGCUCGUGCACACGCACUUGGAAGCUCCAGGAAGUGGUAUUGUGCUACCCCCGCCGCCAGCAACGAGUCCGCCCAAGAGCUCUAUGGAGGACCAAUACUGGCGCAAGACUGUGGCUGAAGCCGCGAUGCAGGAGACCCUCGCAAAAGAGCGUGCGGCAGCGCUCGAGCUCAAGCUCUCGGAAGUUCAGGCGCGUCAUUCGAUGGCGCAAGAUGAGGUCGAGAGCCUUCGCAGCCAAGUAGCAAAUGCUCGGGUGGCCGUUGUCGAGUACGAAGAUAAGGUGACGCGACUUCAGCUCGAAAACCAAACGCUGCGGAAAGAGGCUUCAAAAAGCACCGAGCUCUUGAAGCGCGGCCAGCACGAUCUCGCUUCGCGGGAAGAGACCUUAAACCAAGUCCACACGCGCCUCCAGCAGGUCUCGGCCCACAACGAAGAGCUCGUCGCCGAGAGUCUUCGCAUGCGCACGCUUAAUGAGCAGCUCAAGUGCGAGAACGACAUCUUAUCCAAGGCCCAAGACGAGAUCGCAGGGCUAAAGCACUCGGUCAACACACUCAAAGGCACGGUAACUGCCAAGACAGCAGAAGCCAAAGCAUUCCAAGCGUAUGGGUCCAGCGCGCGCGAGCACCUUCAGAGCCAAGGGCUCAUGUUGCAACAGCACGCUGUGUUCGAGUCGCAAGCUCUUCAAGUGGCAGAGACCGCGUUGGUGUCCGUAAGUCGACUGCGACAUCUGGUUCACGAGUCGAGAGAUAUAUUGACCAACUGGAAAUCGGAAACUCUCUUUUUCUUGAACUUGCUCAAAACGAAAAUGAGCCACGCGGGGCAGUACGUGCAGAUGGCGUUCGCCGAGCACGCGCUCUUGCGGCACGCCAUCUCGCAUGCAACAGACACGAAUGUCCACCUCCAUGACCAGCUUUGGGCCGUCCACCGCAACGCGCUACUUAUCUGUCAAGUUAUCAACCCCACCAACAGCAGCAGUGCAAACGACGUCGAUGCGCGGCGUGUCACGGCGAACUACCUCACGGGCGAGCUUCUGUACCGACCCGAGUCUGGCGACGCAAUCCGUGUGCAAGUGGACCACAUUUUCUCGAACCGGGCCAAGGAGUGGCUCAACGGCGAGUCCAUCGUGCCCACGGUACAAAGUGUUCUCCACGGCUACAAUGCGUGCGUCGUCACAUUUCAAGACCAACCGGAAAUUGAGCGGCUGCUUCCGGACCCUAUCGCACCAGCACUUACACGACCCGUCGGAACAUCGGCCUUAUCGCUAGUUUUCGAGCAGCUUUUCAAGCAAUGCGAUGCGCUCUUUGGUUUCGCGGACGUACACUGCUCUAUGAGCUACCUGGGGGUCUACAGUGAAGUUGUCCACGAUCUCCUCGCCGUCGAUGCAGCGCCCGUCGGCGACACCGUUGUCGUUAGCACCCCGACCGUUGUCCUCGACAUACGUGACGCCCACGACGCAGAGAUCGCAGUCGCAGAAGGAGCCAAAAACUUUGGAUGCAUCUGCGAAACUUGCCCAACAAUGCUGCAUCUGACUCACAAGAUUGUGACGAUUUGCAUUACUGUGAGCCACGUCUUCUCAAACUGCACGACGAAGUCGAAGCUCCAGGUCGUCGAGUUGGCGUCCGGCAUGGACUCAACAGUUGUGACAACGUGGCAAGACACGGAUCGCAUCCGCGCAACCAUCAGUGCCGAGAACAGUUUGCUGGCGCUCACUACAUGUUUGGCGGAUAUUCGGCAACAAGACCCGAGCUUCGUGCGAUAUCACGGGUCCAAACUCACGCUGAUGCUCCAAGACUGCAUCAGCGUCCAGGCUAAGCUACUGUUGCUGAGCACCGUGCGCACCGCUGUUGACGAGCGAGGCGUGCGUAGUCUGCACAUGCUCCAGCUCUUUCGUGAUGCCGUGCAUCCGCCGCUGUGCAUCGAAGAUGACAGUGAUAUCUCACUGGAUGCCUACUUGAACCGUGUGCCGGACGUGUACCGUUUCCAAGUUCGGUGGCAAGGCGACGUCUCUGCUUCGACUGCGCUUGUUUGCUGGGAGCACGAACUUGACGCUAUGAAGGAGCGCAACCAGAGUAUUCAAGAUUCGCUGGCGUCCCCCGCCGAGAGCAACCCAUGCACGGGAAGUCCAUCGCAAGUGGUCACGACCAAGACCGGCAAAAAAAUUAAGCGGAAAUCAUCCUUGAAGAGUCAAGUCAAGCGCAUGCCAUUUCGGUAGCUUGCAGUGCUCCUCGUGGGUGACCUUGGCUAUAAUGCCUCAGCGUAGUUUAUUUUGUUGAUGUUCGGAAGCAAUAAAGCUCAAUGAAGUCCUGGAACCUGGCC